UGAGAGAGGGACGGAGGUAUGGGGGAGGGGAAUGAAGGGGGUAGACAGGAGCUCUCCCAAAAAGCCUUUAGUGAAGAAGCUGAGAAUGAGGUUGUUUAAAUGCCCUCAUAAAAGAGAUAGCCUUGAGUUUCACAGGGUACAGGACACGAGGAGAAGACAUAAUUUUAGUGAGUAGUAACAAGCAGCACUGGAUUUUGGUGGCUCCAGUCAAACUUCUUCAGAAACCUUCUCACACCGUUUUUGAUAUUUUACCUGAAAACAUCCAACUGAGAAGAAGUGGCUCAUACUGCGUAGUUGAGGAGUUCAAGUGAGUGAGCAGAGUCAUGUCCCGCCAUCCUCCUCCCCCCAUGGCUGGUCUAUAGUCAACCAGAAACGACCCCUAUUCUCAGUCACACCCCACUCACAGCUAUUUCACCAACCUUCCACCCUGUGGUUCCACCAUGGCCAGCAAGAGGAAGUCCACCACACCAUGUAUGAUCCCCAGCAAGACCAUGCACCUCCGUGAGGAGCUGGAACAGGAGCCUCCCAUUCUCCUCCGCCAAGCCAGGAGCUCUGGAGGUGGCAGACACAGUCCAUUGGACCCAGGUGAAUCUUCCAAAUCAGAGGCGGGGGACACUGUCAGAGACAGCGCUGGCACCUACACCUGUAGGCCUUGUAACUUUGAAACCCAUGACCUUAACCUGUUCUUGGAUCAUGUAUACAGCGGGCACCCAGACUUCCGUGCAGACCCAAGCUUCCUUUGUGUGGACUGUGGCGUUUCUGCACCCAAGUUUGAGGGGCUAGCCCUGCACAAUGCCAGGGUUCACCCCAGCACACUGAACACCACUCUGCAGCUGAGGAAGAGGGACAGGAGGGUGAUUGUGGAGCAGAAUCUGGUGAUUGGGACAGAGGCAGGGAAAGACAAUGAGAUUUCCAUCACCAAAACCCCGAUUAUGAGGAUGCUGAAGGGCAAAUCGGAGCCUAAGCGAAUAGUGGUGUCCCACCCAGCCUCUGAUGAGCCCUCCUCAGACCCUCACUCUGUCUCCAGAGAAACGGAGAGGAAAGAGACUCCUACAGUGACAGUCACCCAUGUCCCUACCAUUGUACACAAUGGCCCAACAACCAAGGUCACUCUGCCCUCUGCAAUCCAGAUAGUCAAUGGCUCUGGGGCACUGCCAGUGCUCAAGACUGCCAUCACACAGGUGGUCUCAGUGGUCCAGAACAGAAGCCUCCACCAGUCUGCUCCCAUCACAGCUACUUCAACUGUCUCCUCUUCAUCUUCUCCCUCUCCUUCUUCCAAAAAUCUCCCCAAGGUGAUGAUUCCUUUAAGCAGUAUCCCUACUUACAGUGCCUCCAUGGACUCAUCUUCUUUCUUGAAGACUUCCUUCAGUAAGUUCCCUUACCCCACCAAGGCUGAGCUCUGCUACCUGACUGUGGUCACAAAAUUCCCUGAGGAGCAGAUUAAGAUCUGGUUUACUGCCCAGAGACUUAAGCAGGGCAUCAGCUGGUCUCCUGAAGAGAUUGAGGAGGCCAGGAGGAAGAUGUUCAACACCAUUAUCCAAACAGCACCCCCUACUUCCCAGAACCAGCGUCAGACCCACAGUCACCACAGCCCAGCCCAACAUACAAUUACAGUUCUGCCUGCAUCACUGGGAGCCACAGGGAUCCCCCACAUUCUACAGGGUUCUCUCGUCAGCCAGGGAGGGGUGAUCGUUACCCAACCUGUGGUAGCUAACGGUAUUCAGGUUAGCAAUGCUCCCGUGGCUCUGGCCGUCACACCAAAACCCCAAGCAGCAGCCCGCCCAAUGAUGCAGGCCCGGCCUACCGCUGCCCUGGUGGCAGACAAGGGCAUCAGCAUGGUGGUGGGGACAGUGGGCAGCAGUAGUGGAAGCAAUGUCAUCAGCAGCAGUAAUAGUAGUAGAAGUGGGGGAGGGAGCACUAGCAGUAUUAUCAACAGUACUACGAGUAACAGUAGCAGCAGUAACAGCAGCAGUGGGAGUACUAGCAGUCAAGCUAGUGUUAUCAACCUCAGUCUGGGGAGCAGCAACCAUAGUAAUGCCAACGCCAAGGUCAGCAGUGUCAAUGGCAAACACAACAUUGCUAAUUCUGAUUUCAAUGACAAGAGCAAUAGUAAUGCUACCAGCAGUUCAAACACCACUAAAGGCAGCAGUGACAGUAAGAACAAUGAUAUCAGCAAGGCCAACAACACCAGCACUGGUAAGAGUAACAGUGACAAGUUAUCAGUUACCACUGAUAAUAAAUGUACCACAGAUGCUAAACCCAACAACACCAAUGCCAAAAGUGGCAGUACCACGCAGAAGAGCAAAGAUAGCAACGGUAGUACUAACAAAAAUAACACCAGCACAACCAGUGCUCCCACAAGCACAGCUACCCCAGCUGCUGCCACGAACUCCAGUAGUAACUCGCCAGCCAACAAAUCAGAGGCUUCUUCUCCUGCCUCCAAGUCUUCUUCCCCCUCCCCUGUGGCUCCUUCAAGCAGCACACCUGGCUCUCGGACACUUCCCAACACAUUCCUGGACCCCAGCUUCUACAAGGGCAAGAAGUCUCAGGAGCAGCUCAGUGCUCUGAAGGACAGCUUUCAGACCAGCCAGUUUCCUAACCAGGAGGAGGUGGACCGUCUCAUUGCGAUCACAGGGCUCACUGUACGUGAAGUCCGUAAGUGGUUCAGUGACCGGCGCUACCACUUUCGCAACCUUAAAGGUACACGCUCAAAUGCAGGCAGUCAGAAUAAGUCUGGCAGCACAGCUGGAGCUGGAAGUGGUUCAGGCUCGUCAGGGAGUGGCACCACUGGCAGUGCCACCAUUACAGAAUUCUCAGAAGGUACUGCAACCUCUGGGGCAAAAACACCGCAGCAGGGCUCUGCCCCCCUCAGCCCAACUGCCUCACAGACCCCCACUUCUCCCACCACACCAUCCCGCCGACCCCCUAGACCACCAUCUCCAGACUUUACAGCGAUCCGCUAUAAAGAGCGAGAACCCCACCAGGUAAGGGCACUAGAGGCCAGCUUUGCCCAGGAUGCUGACCCCUCUGGAGAGGAAGUGGACCGACUGCGAGCAGAGACCAAGAUGACCCGGCGGGAGAUCCAUGGCUGGUUCGCUGAGAAGAGGAAGAGAGUGGCAGCUGAGAAGAAGAAAGAGGAGGCAGAGCGGGCCAUUAGAGAGGAGGAGGACAUGGAAGUUGAGGGAGAGGAGGGUAAGAAAGUAGACGGGGAAGAGAGACAGAGAGACGACGGUUCAGGAGAGCUCAAAGUCAACCCUAUUAAGAUCAAUCUGAAGAUGCUGAAGGUGACAGAGGCCAAUGGCAAAGCAGAGAAUGAAGGGUUGGACAGCCCAACUAUCCCCCCUCCAUCCAGCACAACACCCACGCCCUCCCCUUCCCCAGGCCACACCCCAUCCACUACCCCCAAACCGGUCCAAUCCCAGUCCCCCAAACCUUCACCUGUCCGAGGUAAGAAGACUGCAGACCAGCUACACCUACUUAAACAAGUCUAUGCCCGGACGCAGUGGCCUAGCGCUCCUCAGUAUGAUGAGUUGAUCUCAGCUACAGGGCUUCCCAGGCCCGAAGUCGUGCGAUGGUUUGGGGACUGCCGGUAUGUGCAGAAGAAUGGCCAGCUGAAGUGGCUUGAGGCUUACCAGAGCAUGGCCCUGGAAGAGGACCUCCAGAAGGGCAACACACAAAUACUCCAGGCCCACCUGGAAACGCACGGCAGCCUGGAGGAGUCGCAGGUGCAGGAACUUGCUCAGGCUAGUGGUUUAACAGAGGAGCUGGUGCGGCACUGGUUCUCCACCAAGGCUUCUCUGCCCCAGGCUGAACAAACUGCUCCUGCUGCUGCUGCUGCUGAUACGACAGGACCAAGAGCAGCCACACCAGCAUCAGAGCCACAAACGACAGUAGUAUCUGGAUCCUCACCGCUGGAGCCGCAGCAGGAAGAGGGCAAGGACAAAACGGAGCAAUCAGCGUGUGGGGUGGCAAAGGAGGUGGCAGAGGAGAAGAGCGACAAGACUGUGAAUCCUACUAAAGGAACAGAUUGAAGAGCAAAGACCUUUUUGUGUGAGAAUGGAAUUCACAACGCAGGUGGUCUUUGUGCCGGGAGUCUGAGUGGAAGACAGCAGAUGCGAUUGUAACAGGAUCACUGGAUGGAAAUGGACCUUGAAACCUUCCCUACCACCACAUCCCCUCUCCUCUCUCUCCCUCACACCGCUCGAGGUAGGCAUGACUGACCUCCUCCCCCCGGCCAACUACAUGGAGAUGGACACUCAAGCCACCACCCCACCCGAAACACAGGCACACACACUCUCACACCCUCUCCAGUAUCCCUCCAUCCGCCAUUUUCCCCUUCAAAGGAAGUUCCAGUGGAGACUGAAGCACAGGACUGGUGGAGGAGGGAGGGAGGGAGAGAGGGAGGGAGGGGCAGGGCUGACUGCGGAGGAUUGGCUGCGUUUUUCUGCCGUGUUUGUUCCGCCUGCCUGCUGCGGUGGGAGGAAGUGAAGAGAGGAGGGUAGAUUUGGAGGAAGGAGGGAGGGGGGAAAAAGGGAGACGUGUGGUCGGAAUUGAGACCUUAGCAGAUGUGGAACAGGGGGUGGGGGGUUGGGUUGGGUUGGGUAUUGGAAUCCCGACUGGACAGAUAUCAACCAAGCCAACUCUCACAUGAGGAAGAUCAGUGGUGUGUUCAAAGACCGUUGGUAGGAUGUUUCUGAGGGGGGCGGGGUGGGAGUACAAAAAACUGCACAGCUCUUUGCUACAGGGUGCUUGUCUAGGCCUUAAAAGUAAAAUAAAUGACCCCCCCCCUCCUUCCUCUACUGUGUCAUCUUUAUACUCAAAUUUCCCACUUCUGCCAUAUUGCACUCAUCCACUUUCAUUUCACGCUCACAGCUUACCUUGAAUGUGCUAGUUGGGCUGUUUAUACCGUGUCAUGUCAUAAACACAGCACUGAUAUUCAUUUUGAACCUUCUUCAGUUUCAUUGGAGAUCCUCUUAUGGUUUCUUUGUACAUAGUAUUUGGUUUAAGAGGACAUGAAACCGUUUGAUAUGGGGCGGGGGGAGUCUAGAAUUAUGUCAUCCAAAGAGGGCGAGCACCCUGUCAUGUCUAAGAAGAAAAAUGACAAGAUAAUAUUUGGACUAUGAAAUGAUGUUUGUGUUUUAGCAUCAAGUGCUUCUUUACGUCACUGACGAGUACGUUCAUUUGUUUUUAUGGAACUUUCUUAUGUAAUAAAUUUGACUGUAUAAGAACUGUGAACUUUUACCAGAGUUCCAUACUUAGGCCUGAUGUAUAAUUUUUACAGAUGUUAUUUGCAGAAUAAACAAAAUGUAACAAA